AUGACGGGGAAAGCGGGGGAAGCGCUGAGCAAGCCCAAAUCCGAGACUGUGGCCAAGAGUUCCUCGGGGGUCGCCCCGGCCAGGUGCACGGGGUUCGGCAUUCAGGAGAUCCUGGGCUUGAACAAGGAGCCCCCCAGCUCCCACCCGCGGGCUGCCCUCGACGGCCUGGCCCCCGGGCACUUGCUGGCGGCGCGCUCCGUGCUCAGUCCCGCAGGAGUGGGCGGCAUGGGGCUGCUGGGGCCCGGGGGGCUCCCCGGCUUCUACGCGCAGCCCACCUUCCUGGAAGUGCUGUCCGACCCGCAGAGCGUCCACUUGCAGCCGCUGGGCAGAGCGUCGGGGCCGCUGGACACCAGCCAGACGGCCAGCUCGGAUUCUGAAGAUGUUUCCUCCAGCGACCGAAAAAUGUCCAAAUCGGCUUUAAACCAGACCAAGAAACGGAAGAAGCGGAGACACAGGACAAUCUUUACUUCCUACCAGCUAGAGGAGCUGGAGAAGGCAUUCAAUGAAGCCCACUACCCAGAUGUCUAUGCCCGGGAGAUGCUGGCCAUGAAAACGGAGCUGCCAGAAGACAGGAUACAGGUCUGGUUCCAGAACCGCAGAGCCAAGUGGAGGAAACGGGAGAAGUGCUGGGGCCGGAGCAGUGUCAUGGCGGAGUACGGGCUCUAUGGGGCCAUGGUGCGGCACUCCAUCCCCCUGCCAGAGUCUAUCCUCAAGUCUGCCAAGGAUGGCAUCAUGGACUCCUGUGCCCCGUGGCUGCUGGGGAUGCACAAAAAGUCGCUGGAGGCCGCAGCGGAGUCGGGGAGGAAGCCCGAGGUGGAGCGCCAGGCCCUGCCCAAACUCGACAAGAUGGAGCCGGAGGAGCGGGGCCCCGACCCUCCAGCGGCCAUGUCCCAGGAGGAACUGAGGGAGAACAGCAUUGCGGCGCUCCGAGCCAGAGCUCAGGAGCACAGCACCAAAGUGCUGGGGACUGUGUCUGGGCCCGACAGCCUGGCCCGGAAUACCGAGGAGCCAGAGGAGGAGGACGCCAUGGAAGAAGACAGGCCAGCGGAGAAGCUGAGUCCACCACAGCUUGAGGACAUGGCUUAG